CACACACAGUGACACAGCAAGCUCCGCCGAUGUGUGUCUCACUCUCACGACGACUGACACUUUUCCACUAAAGUCGACGACUCAGCCGAGAAAGUGAGAAGAAAAAAUUCAAAAAUGAACCACACGAGUCGAAAGAGACGACCCGAUCCUUCUCUCUCCAGAACCGAUUCUCUCUCCUCUGAAAUGUUGUCUCCGACGAAAUCGCCGGCGCUGACUCGAAUUCGAAUCCGGAACCUCUUCUUGCUACUUCUCUUAGUUUGCGUCGUGAUCUACCUCAUCUUCUCCUUCAGUCCUCUCCGUCGUACACAGUUUCCUUCACUCGCACGCUCCUUAGGCUUAUCUCCCACUCGCCGCCGUCAUUUACUCUUCUCUAUAGCUUCUUCUCACGAUUCUUGGCUCCGUCGUAGCUCAUAUGUUCGUCUCUGGUACUCUCCUGAGUCCACCCGAGCUUUCGUCUUCCUCGAUCGCGGUGGAUUUGAGUCCGAUCUGAGUCUCCCUCCUUUGGUCGUAUCUGAAGAUGUUUCUCGGUUUCCUUACAAUUUCCCCGGCGGUCUCCGAUCAGCGAUCCGUGUUGCUCGUAUAGCUAAGGAAGCGGUGGAUCGGGAUGAUAAGGAUGUGCGGUGGUUUGUUUUCGGAGAUGAUGAUACUGUGUUCUUUGUGGAGAAUCUGGUGAGGGUUUUGUCUAAGUAUGAUCACCGUAAGUGGUGGUACAUUGGAAGCAAUUCGGAGAGUUUUGAUCAGAAUGUUAGGUAUUCCUUUGAUAUGGCAUUUGGUGGUGGAGGAUUUGCUAUAAGUGGUUCGCUUGCUAGGGCUUUAAGUAAGGUUAUGGAUUCUUGUUUGAUGAGAUAUUCACAUAUGUAUGGAGGUGAUUCCAGGAUCUUCUCUUGCUUGGCUGAGCUUGGUGUUACAUUAACACAUGAACCUGGAUUCCAUCAGAUUGAUGUACGGGGGAGUUUAUUUGGGCUGCUAUGUGCACAUCCUCUGUCUCCACUGUUGUCUCUACAUCAUUUGGACGCAGUUGAUCCACUCUUUCCAAAGAUGAACCGAACAGAAGCCAUGGCUCACCUUAUCCGUGCUAGUAAUGUAGAUUCCUCAAGGGUUUUGCAGCAAAGUGUGUGUUACGAUUCAUCAAACUCUGUAACUGUUUCUGUGGUAUGGGGUUACGCAAUUCAAGUUUAUGAAGGGAAUAAACUCCUGCCGGAUCUUCUCUCCAUCCAAAAAACAUUUUAUACAUGGAGGAGAGGGUCAGGUGUACGAAGUAAUUAUAUGUUUAAUACUAGAGAAGUUCCAAGGGAUCGUUGUGGUAGACCGCUGGAAUUUGUUUUAGACAACGUUGGAUCAGAUGGAACUAGAGGAACAUGGAGUAAUUAUACACGAUAUAUUGUCGAGAAUUGUCGCAGAGCUGAUUCUAUUAAGCAUCUAAAACAGGUCCGAGUACUGUCACAUAAACUGGAGCUUGACGUUGAACAGAUGAAGGCUCCACGUCGCCAAUGCUGUGACAUCUCUCCAUCCUAUAAGGAAUCAAUGGUCAUUAGCAUAAGGCAGUGUAUGGAAGAUGAGCUAAUCGCAAUGAAAAGUUAGUCUUUUGGUUUCACACAAAGGCUAACUAAAUUCCCGAGAGCCAAAAUCCGAUUGGUUCUUGCUGGAAAGCGAAUGGUGCAAUACAAGGUAACUUUCCUGGGUUGCUUUCGGUUUGGCCAAUUUCGGUUGAUUUGUGUGAGAACUGAGACCUCCUGAUUUUUUCACGAGCUUCUAGUGGGAUCGAGCACCUGAGAAACAUCUACUCUGCGAGAUGCAUUGAUUCGCAGCUAUGUUGGUAUCUUCAGGCUUCAGUCAUGGUUCAGCAUUUUGUGGAAGUCUAUAUCUGGAAUUCUCUUGACAAUCUCCUAACGAUGGUUUGGUCGUUUUUGUGUAAUAUGCAAUAACUAACCGGUAUCUAUAAAAUUUUAAUUGUAGAUAGAGUGAAAGUUGGAACCUCUAUAUUAUUUGACAGAAAAAACAGAGAAUCUUGUAAAUAUAGAAAUUAGAAAGUAAUGAAUAAUGCCUUCAUUUCAGGUCGUCAA